UAAAAUAAUAAUAAUACUACUACUAUAUGUACAGUAGAGUAACUCUAACCUGAUAAUUGGAGCACCUGCUAAAACAGUACAUAUUCUGUCUGUGACCUAAAUCUUCUCAAGUAGCUCUAGUCUUCUAGAUAUGUGGCCCCCACAUUCCCUCUUUUAAACCAAGUUCAAUGGACAGUGACAAAUGUCACCAUCACAGCAGCGUUAUUUUAUCUCAGUUCCACCGCUUUUUGUAAUAAAAAGCAAAAACCAAAAAAAAAAUUAACAAAAAUUGUCUUCCUUUCUUGUGAAAAAUGUAUACUUCGGGGGUCUAACUACUGUCUAACUUUCUCUCUCAUGAUCGUGUUUCUCUCUUCAAUUUUUUGAAGAUUAAUUUUUGGUGGGCAUUAGGAAGCAGUAGUUGAUUGAAUUGGUGUUGUUUGUUCUAGAUGGAGUCGUGCAAUUGUAUUGAACCACAAUGGCCUCCUGAUGAUUUGUUGAUGAAGUAUCAGUAUAUAUCAGAUUUUUUCAUAGCCCUUGCAUAUUUUUCGAUCCCAUUGGAGCUGAUUUACUUUGUUAAGAAAUCUGCUGUUUUCCCUUAUAGAUGGGUGCUUGUCCAGUUUGGUGCUUUUAUAGUGCUCUGUGGCGCAACACAUCUAAUUAACUUGUGGACUUUUAGAAUACAUACCAAAACAGUUGAAGUAGUUAUGACCACUGCAAAGGUUCUAACCGCUGUUGUCUCGUGUGCAACUGCACUGAUGCUUGUGCAUAUUAUUCCGGAUUUAUUAAGUGUAAAAACUAGGGAAUUGUUUUUAAAAAAUAAGGCUGCAGAACUUGAUAGAGAGAUGGGCCUCAUCCGUACCCAAGAAGAAACAGGCAGGCAUGUUAGGAUGCUAACUCAUGAGAUUAGAAGUACUCUUGACCGGCAUACAAUUCUUAAAACUACUCUUGUGGAACUAGGUAGGACUUUGGCUCUUGAAGAGUGUGCUUUGUGGAUGCCAACACGUACUGGAUUGGAGCUUCAGUUAGCUUAUACACUCCGCCAACAAAAUCCUGUUGGAUUUACUGUGCCCAUUCAGCUUCCUGUAAUCAAUCAAGUAUUUAGCACCAAUCGUGCAGUGAAAAUAUCACCAAACUGUCCUGUGGCUAGAAUCCGGCCUGUCGCAGGGAAGUACAUGCCUGGAGAGGUGGUUGCUGUGCGAGUUCCCCUUCUGCAUCUAUCUAACUUCCAAAUUAAUGAUUGGCCAGAGCUAUCGACAAAACGGUAUGCGUUGAUGGUUUUGAUGCUUCCUUCAGACAGUGCUAGGCAAUGGCAUGUUCAUGAAUUGGAGCUUGUUGAAGUUGUUGCAGAUCAGGUAGCAGUUGCUCUGUCCCAUGCGGCAAUUUUGGAAGAAUCAAUGAGAGCUCAACAGCAACUUUUGGAGCAGAAUGUUGCACUUGACUUGGCUCGCAGAGAAGCGGAGACUGCCAUCCGCGCUCGAAAUGACUUUUUAGCUGUGAUGAAUCAUGAAAUGCGGACUCCUAUGCAUGCAAUAAUAGCUCUUUCCUCCUUGUUGCAAGAAACUGAGCUUAUUCCUGAGCAACGAUUGAUGGUUGAAGCAAUUUUAAAAAGCAGUAAUCUUCUUGCAACCCUAAUAAAUGAUGUUUUGGACCUUUCGAGGCUUGAAGAUGGAAGUCUGAAGCUUGAUAAUGGAGUAUUCAAUCUCCAUUCUAUGUUUAGAGAGGUUCUUAAUUUAAUCAAGCCCAUAGCAUCUGUCAAAAAAUUGUUGAUAACAACUACUAUGGCUCCGGAUGUUCCAGAGUUUGCUAUUGGCGAUGAAAAACGUCUAAUGCAAGUUCUGUUGAAUGUUAUUGGUAAUGCUGUGAAGUUUACAAAAGAAGGUAGUGUCUCAGUUACUGCUCUAGUUGCAAAAGCAGAAUGUUUAAGAGAUGCUCGGACUCCUGAUUUCAUCCCAGUGGCCACAGAUGAUCACUUCUAUUUGCGAGUGCAGGUGAAGGAUUCAGGACCUGGAAUCAAUCCGCAAGAUAUUCCAAAGCUCUUCACAAAAUUUGCUCAACCUCAAACACCUUCAAAUCGAAAUUCUGGUGGUAGUGGACUGGGCCUCGCCAUUUGCAAGCGGUUUGUAAGUCUCAUGGAAGGCAGCAUCUGGAUCGAAAGUGAAGGUCUUGGCAAGGGUUGCACAGCGGUUUUUGUAGUUAAACUUGGAAGUCCUGAUCGAUCAAAUGGAGCCGUGGUCCCUUUUGCACCUAAUCCAUUGGCAAAUCAUAUUCAAUCAAGCUUUAGUGGCCUAAAAGUUCUCAUUAUGGAUGAGAAUGGGGUUAGUAGAACAGUUACAAAAGGGCUCCUGAUGCACCUUGGAUGUGAUGUUACAACUGUAGCGUCGUGUGAGGAAUGUCUGUUAGCUGUGUCCCGAGAAUACAGGGUGAUAUUCCUUGAUUUGUCUAUGCCUGGAUUUGAUGAGUUUGAUGUUGCUGCUCAAAUUAGAAAAAGGUUCUCAAAGCGUCAUGAGAGACCGUUAAUUGUGGCACUCACUGUGAGCACGGACAGGUUGAUCAGAGAAAAUUGUGUCAGGGUGGGUAUGGAUGGUUGCAUAUUGAAACCUAUAUCCGUUGAUAAAAUGAGGAGUGUUCUAUCUGAGCUCGUUGAAAGACGGACUGUGUUUGAGCCGCUGUAGUGUGUUGUAGAAGACCUGAAUCAAUGUUGUAAGGGACGGGAGAAACAUUGAUGAUACUUGGCAUGAUUAGAUGCGAUGCCAAAUUUCUCCUCCUGUUUGUAUCAUUUUACGAUUUUUUCUUUGUAAUCAAUCAGGUGCCUGGAGGUGUCGGUAAUGGUGUCAAUGUCAAUGCUGACAAGCAGUUCUAGGUGUUCUUUCGAUGUACAUACCAUAGUGUCGAGAAUAGUACAGAACUACAGAAGAGGCAGAUAUCAAGCUAUGCUAAACUGACAUAGUACUUGCAAAGUUUCUACUUAAAGAUUGCCCCAAAGAGCUGAAAUUGGCGAUGCCUUUUUUUUUAAUUAGUUCUUUUUAGGAGUAUUUAUUUUGGACAAAGUUGUUGCUUGUUGGUAAUUGCAGUGUAAUAGUUACUUGAAUAUAUUGUUGUGUGCAGAAAUCUCAACCUAGAGUCAAGAUUAUAACUAAGCCGAAAGGCUCUGAGCUUUUGACUCGGUUAAAGCUUGGCUCUUGAGCAGAUUCACCCAGCCAAGCCAAGCUGAAUUGGGAAGCUUAGGCCUCGUUGUAUGGCCUUUUUUCUCUCUA